UGAUCAGAAGGAUCAAAUCAUUGUCGAAGCCCAGGCGCAUAUUGCGAGUUACAGUAAUUUGCUUCCUUCGCUAUAAUACAGCACCACCCAAAGCCAAUGAUGCCUUGUUUGGUCACAGAGAAAAUCUCUCUUUGAAGCUCGCAGAGUCCAAGGUUGCCGCCUCAGGUUCAUUAGAGGAAUGAUGCAACUUUGGCUUCGUAAUUUGUGAUGUUAUAGCCUUUCAUUUAUUUGUACGCGGAAAUAUAAAUUUUAGACAAUUUACUUGAAGAGCAACACUCAUUUAGUGAUGGAAUCUAUAUGGAACCUUCUAUAUUUGCUGGAGCCUGCUCCCAUCACCCUUAUAGUAACAGCAGUAACCGUGACGUUUGCAUCAGCGUUUCGUGCUUUAAAUCAUGGAAAAGAAAUGGAGCGAAACCGUGACUUGUCAGAAGCAUCCAUUACCUUGGAUAAGUCCCAAGCACUAAUGAUUCCCGUAAUGAGUUCUUGCAGUUUACUUAUGAUGUUCUACCUCUUUUCUUCUGUUUCACAGCUCCUCACUGCUUUCACUGCCAUCGCUGCUGUUUCAUCCCUUUUCUUCUGCCUAUCCCCUCAUGUUGCCUAUGUGAAGUCACAUUAUGGUUUGGCAGACCCAUUUGUGUCACGGUGCUGUUCAAAGUCUUUCACACGGAUCCAGGGGCUUUUACUGUUCACUUGCUCUAUGAUAGUGGCUGCGUGGCUUGUUUCUGGGCAUUGGGUAUUGAACAACCUGUUGGGAAUUUCCAUUUGUAUUGCAUUUGUGAGCCAUGUACGGCUUCCAAAUGUGAAAGUAUGUGCAAUGCUCCUUGCAUGUUUGUUUGUUUAUGACAUAUUUUGGGUUUUCUUUUCCGAAAGAAUUUUUGGUGCCAAUGUCAUGGUAUCAGUGGCUACCCAACAAGCAUCAAAUCCCGUCCAUACGGUGGCGGAUAGAUUAGGUUUUCCUGAUUUACAAUUGAUAACAAAGAAGCUUGAAUUGCCUGUGAAAAUAAUCUUUCCUAGGAAUUUGUUGGGUGGAGCGGUUCCUGGACAAAGUUCUGCAGACUUCAUGAUGCUCGGUCUUGGUGACAUGGCAAUUCCCGCAAUGCUUCUUGCAUUAGUCCUCUGUUUUGAUCAUCGAAAAAGUAGAGAUCCAGUCAACCUCUUAGAGUUGAACUCAUCAAAGGGACACAAAUACAUAUGGUAUGCCCUUCCUGGAUAUGCCAUUGGACUGAUUGCUGCUUUAGCAGCUGGCGUUUUGACUCAUUCGCCCCAACCUGCACUUCUUUACCUGGUGCCUUCUACGCUGGGACCGGUGAUUGUUGUCUCAUGGGUGAGGAAGGAGCUAGAUGAGUUAUGGGAAGGAAGCAUGCCAAAUUUCAUUGAUAAAGCUCGGCAAAUAGAAGUCUGAACCAUUUAUCACAAGUGUUCCUGACGGCCAGAAGUUGUAAAUUUUACUUGAAUAUUUACUUUUGAAAUUGAAAAAUUGAUAACUUAAUGUUCAUUAUAUACUAUGUAAUUUCUAGCAUUGAUCCCUUAUGCAUGUUCAACGGUCAUAAUUGAAAAUGUUCUUCAAUGAGAAUAAACGAUGGACCAGUGGACAGUGGUGGAUCUGGAGGAA